CCUCUAACCGCAAUAAUAAUCCAUUACAAGCCCCAAUUUUACAAACCCCUUCAGCCGUUUAACCCUAACCCUAUUUCUUUCUCUCUUUCUCCCACUCCCUCCCUGCCUCCCACCGCCUCCUCUCUCAAAUCCAUCUGCAAGCUCCAGCGAUUACCCGAUGUCAGCAAUAAAAUCUUCUCUCUCUCUCUCUCUCGUAAAGUUCUAGGGUUUCGACUUUUGAAUUGAAUCGAUCCUUGGAUUUCGAUCGAGAUUCAAAUGGGAAGGAAGAGGAAAUUAGAGGCAUCAAGGCUCGAUGAGAUCGAUCGAAGCAUGUAUUCGACCUUUUGCAGCGCUGCGAACUCCCUCUCGCAGCUCUACACGCAGGCUGUCAACCAGCAAAAGAUUUCUUUUCAGGCCGGAGAGCGCCAUGGAUUGGAGAUUCAAAGAGAAAAAAGAAGCUGCAGAACCAGAAGCUGAUCCUGAAAGGGACCAGAGAACUGUUUUUGCUUAUCAGAUGCCUUUGAAAGCGACAGAAAGGGAUGUUUAUGAAUUCUUCUCGAAAGCAGGAAAGCUUCUUGUAUUGACAUUACACAUCCAUCUGAUAAGAGUGUUCUGAUAUUUACAUGUAUCAUGCAACCACAGGUAUCUGAGCUUACAUAGUAGUACAAGUAUACUUAUCUCCCCUGUCCAGUUUAUUAUUUAAAAUAUUUCGUAACUUGUUAUCUUAUUAGGAUUAAAGCUUUUGGUAGGCAAUUCUCUAUUUCAAUAUCUUCAGUACAUACAUUGAGAUACACUUGCUUCUUAUUACAGUAAAUGCUCCUGUGCCUUCAAUGAGGCCUAUUAUAAUGACUUUUUUGUGGCUCAACAUUCUUUUAUUUGGUGAGUGUGAAAAGAAUUGGAAGUUUGAUUGCUCACCAUAUUGGGUGCAGUCCUUAGGGUGGUGUUAUGUGUAGUAAGCAUGGCAAUGUAUUUUUAAGUUGCAAACUGUAUAAGUAUUACUUCAUUAAUGAUGUUAGAUUUACAAGUAAUUAAUUUAUGG